AUGGCUUUCCUCCCAUCGGGCCUCCUACCGGAUGAGGCCUCGCCGGAGUGGCUAAACAAGGCCGAUAAUGCAUGGCAGCUCACGGCAGCCGCCAUGGUCGGGCUCCAAAGCGUUCCCGGCCUUGUCAUCCUCUACGGCAGCAUGGUCAAGAAAAAAUGGGCGGUGAAUUCGGCGUUCAUGGCGUUAUACGCCUUCGCCGCUGUCUUAAUCUGUUGGGUGUUGUGGGCUCACCAACUCUCCUUUGGCGACGAUAUGUUAGUGAUCUUGGGCAUGCCGAAACUGUCGUCGGUAACUCAAGCGUAUUUGAUCGAACAACAAGACGAUAAGACGAUUCCGAAAGCCGAUUAUGUGUUUUAUCAGUUUGUGUUUGCAGCGAUAACGGUCAUAUUGCUUGGUGGUUCGUUGUUAGGGAGAAUGAACUUUUAUGCUUGGAUGAUUUUUGUGCCUUUAUGGCUAACUUUCUCGUACACGGUUGGUGCGUACACGAUUUGGGAUAAGGGAUUUCUCGCGCACCGGAUCAUCGAUUUCUCCGGUGGCUACGUUAUUCAUAUGUCCUCUGGAGUUGCAGGUUUCACUGCGGCUUAUUGGGUGGGGCCUCGACAUCAAAACGAUAGGGACCAUUUCGCGCCAAACAACAUAAUACACAUGUUGGCGGGAGCAGGGUUUCUAUGGAUGGGGUGGAGUGGAUUCAACGGCGGAUCACCGCUGGCGGCAAAUCAAAUCACCUCGCUUGCGGUUCUAAACACCCAUAUCUGCACCGCCACCAGUCUUUUGGUUUGGAUGUUCUUCGACCUGAUCUUCCAUUCGAAAAGCUCGGUCAUCGGUGCGGUUCAAGGCAUGAUGACCGGCCUUGUGUGCAUCACUCCCGCCGCAGGAGUAGUCGAUUCUUGGGCGGCAAUGCUUAUGGGAGUCUUGGCAGGCUCGGUACCAUGGUACACGAUGAUGGUUCUACACAAAAAAUCAACCUUCUUUCAACGAGUUGAUGAUACUUUAGGCGUGUUCCACACCCACGCAGUCGCGGGUCUUUUGGGAGGCCUAUUAUCAGGAAUUUUAGCCAAACCGAACCUUAUACACAUGUUCUACACUUCAAAAUAUUCGAAACAAGGUCCCGGAUUAUUAUACAGCAUAAUCAACAGAAGCGAAGCCGUUCAUAUCCGAGGCGGAUUCACUCAAAUGGGGUACCAACUCGCCGGUGCAGCGUUCAUUGCCGCUUGGAACGUUGUGAUGACGAGUCUUAUAUGCAUAUUUGUAAGCCGAAUUGUUGACUUGAAGAUGCACGAAGACGAUUUGGAGGUCGGAGACGAUGCAAUUCAUGGCGAAGAAGCGUAUGCGUUGUGGGGAGAUGGUCAAAGGCAUCCGCGUUCAAUUACGCCUAAAAUUCCCUCCCUUUUUCGACGGAUAUGA